GUUCAGCUGUGUCUGUGUGUCGCUGGAUGAUGACGUAGCAUAAUACCGUAUGGUCGCCAUGGAUGUGUAAUCAGGACCGGUGGCCGCAGCUCUUUCUUUACUCAAAACAAACCGUGCCGGAGAGGCUUCAGGAUGCACGUGUCGGUGCGCGAGGUUCGCGUCCCGUCUGAGCCUGGCGCCGCUUACUUCCUGCGGGUGACCUGGAAGGGGCGGGGUUUAGCGGCCGGCUUCCAGGUGCUGCUGACUGACGGACAGGACGCCUGGAGAGGAGACGUGAGCGAGGCGGCGGUGUGUGCAGAGGCGGAGGAGCUGGAGAUGCAGAUGGACCGGUACGUUCAGGACAUCCGUCAGGCGCUGACCGACACCGAGUGCUACGUCACGUACAGCUUCAAUCUGACGCCGUCGCCUCCCGACCACAGCACCGUCCUCACGCUGGCGUACGAGAAGGUUCAGAAGGACAUCUCGUUCAGGCUGGGUUCUGUGGUGCUGAAGGCCGACCCGGAUCCGGCAGAGGCGCUGAGAGAGUUACUGACCCACAGCCUGCAGAGAGGGAACACCCUGCAGCAGGAGAACCAGAACCUGCAGCAGGAGAACCUCGGGCUGAGGGGAGAACACCGGCGCAUCUCUGCAGAACUGAAGCGCUACGCGGGUGGUAAGGAGGCCCUGGAGGCAGAGCUGUACUCCCGCUUUGUUUUGGUGCUGAAUGAGAAGAAAGCAAAGAUCCGCAGUCUGCAGGAAGCAGUCACACACCUGCAGGACGACAGUAAGGGACAGAAAAAACCGGAUCCAGUGAAAUCAGCAGAUGAGGAAGAGGAGGAGGAUGUAUACGGAGGAAGCACAGAUGAAGAAGAGCAGCAGGAAGUGAAAAUGACUCCACCCUCCACCUCAUCCACUCGUGAGAGCCCGCUGGACGACAGCCUGAGGGACAUCACGGACGUGGCACCGUGUCGAAAACGCCGCUUCCGUAACCUCGGGCCCCAGGACCCCGCGGCGAAGAAGAGAGAAAACCCCCAGAGCUCCCAGACAGAGAAAACAAAGAGGGCCGACCCCCCGGCAGGAUCCAGUAAGAAGCAGCCCCCGCCCCGCCGCCCUACAGACGCUGCAGAAGUAGAGGACCUGUUUGAAGACUUCUGACCGUUCACUUGCUCUCUGUCUCCUCAGGACGGAGCAGAGAGGACACUGGGAUAUAUGGGAUGGUGAAGGUGGAUUAUUUUUAGACUGGAUUUAUGUAUGAAGUGUCAAAAAUCAAAUUAAAUUAUCUGUUUUUAAAUAACUGGAGAAAACUUGAAGCAUUUUGCCAUUAACUUCAUGAACCGUAAUGAAUUGGGAUUGCUACCAUUUUUUAAAAACUUGUCUUUGUAAUAUUUUAACCAAUAAACAUUGAAUGUGUUGUUUGUCUUGUAAA